GGUCAUGUCUGGAAGUGACGCGUUGUUUUCUGAAAUUGACAGAUGGUGCUUAAUUGACAUUUCUUUGAGCCCAGAUGAGAAUGUGGGAAGGAAAUGAAUCUAGUAUUCUCUUAUUUGCUGUUUCACACAAGUUCAAGGAAAGUUAAACUCAACAGCUAUAAUCAAGGACAUCAAUUAGAUCAAGGUUGACGCUGAAUUAUCUAUGGAGGCACAGGCUGGAUCAAAUGUGGAGCAUAAGGCAAACACGCACGUGCACGAAGCGCGCGCCUGACUCUCCUUCAGCACUGACUGAGGAGCUGCAGCACAUCUCCUCUUAAUUGGACUCCGCGAGUUCAAAUGAUCCUCCAUCAGCUUCCUGUGGAUUAAUGCUCAGGCAUGCAGGCACCAAAUAAGACAUAAGAACAGUGUGCUACAGGCAGUAAACAGAGAAGCAACAGCCCAGCUUCAGCAUGUUCAGAGCCGUGUUUGGAAACAAGAGGGAUGGAGGAAAACGAGGGGAGAAAAAGAAGCAGAGGAAUCAAGGUGGCACCUUGCAGAGAGAGAGAACUGGGCGUGCCACACACUACCAAGACCACAUCAUCAACUACACAGAGAGCCCAGUGAGACGGGGGAGACUGACCAAGGGGGUGUCCAUUUCCCUCCCGUCCUCCCCUCUCCUCCCCCGCCCUGCAGACGUGGCUCCCUCACAGUCGUGCAUCAAGUUCUCAGGACGGGCAAAGAAGCCGGAGUAUGUGGAUGGCUCUUCCAAUGCGAGAGACCCCCUCGUCUUUGCCUCGUGCCGUGGCGAGGCAGACCACAGAGACCUCCACGUGGAGCCACAGCCGGGCUCCUCCCUUUCUACCCAGGAACUGAUGACCAGACUAUGCUUCUUAUUGGGAGAAGCAACGCCCGGCACUGCUAGCUCUCCUAUGGAGGACAGAAGGGAAAAGAAGUGUGAUUCCUCCGCCCAGGGGGGGAGUCCCAGCUCCACUCUGACCUGCAGCACCGCCUCCCCCUGCUCAGAGAGCCCCUCAUCCACGCUGAGCCACAGCGCAGGGGGUCAGUCUUUGCACCAGCCUUUAUCUUUACCGUCCCCGCUCUGCAGCUCCAGCACCAGCCCCAGUGGCACCCUCUCCAGCCCUGUACCCAGCCCCGCCCCCGGUCCUGCUCCUGGAUCCAUCACCAGGAGCAGCCCUGGGCCGCCUUCUCAUAGCCCGACCUCCACCCUGGAGAGCAAAGACAGUGGAAUCAUAGCGACUAUCACGAGUUCAUCUGAGAAUGAGGAGCGCAGCACCUCCAGUGAGGUCACGAGUAAGGAUGAAGGUCUGGGAGGAGGUACUGGUGCAGGAGGACAUGCGAGCGAGGACCGCCACGCAAGGACGACAAGGGACAAUCUGACCGCCAAACAAGAUGAGGCCUUACCUCGGACUGACAUCAUGGAGCCCAGGACUCCCCCGGCUCCGAAAAGACCCCUCCCACAGCACCACAUACACAGCACCUCCUCUCUCGUGAUGCAGCGCCCAAACUCUGUGGCAGCUACCAGCUCCACUCGACUUGAGGAUCUGAGUUUUCUGGACACCCAAAGGGCGGCCGGGCACAGGAGCUCUGUCCGUAAACACAACACAGCUGGACGCACAAUCGAUGACUCUAAAGGGAGAUUGGUGCCAUUCAAACAAGCAGACAUCAUGCUGAAACCGCUGCUCUUUGAAGUCCCAGGCAUCACCUCAGAAACACCUUUCGUGGGCCGGGAUUGGCUCUUCACGCGCCUGGAGGAGGUCCUGAGGAAAACGAGCAGCUGCGAAGGCCGCGGCGCUGUCAUUGUGGGUAACGCCGGAUCCGGGAAGACGGCUAUCAUCUGGCGGCUGGUGACGCUCAGCUGUCAUGGCAUGCGCACGCCUCAGGCAGGUCCCAGCAUCCCUCACAGUCCUGGCUCCUCCCCAAAGUGUGGGGAUAAGCCGGGAAAAACUGCCUCCAAACAGCCAGCUGACUCCCAGCCCAACCAGAGCGCUGUCGCAGGAGCGAGCGAUAGUACGCCACCGAGGAAGGAGGCUGUCAGAUGCCUCGCUGCCAAGGUGGUUGCCUACCAUUUCUGUCAGGCUGACAACACCUACACCUGCCUGGUACCAGAGUUUGUCCACAGUCUUGCCGCCCUGUUGGCCAGAGCGCCACAGCUGGCCGCAUACCGGGAGCUGCUGGUCCAAGAGCCUCACCUCCAGAACACACUCAGCCUUCGAUCCUGCGUUCAGGACCCCAUCGCUGCCUUUCGAAAGGGCGUCCUGGAGCCCAUAGCCAGCCUGCGAAAGGAGCGGAGGCUACCGGACGAAGAGUACAUCAUACUGGUCGACAGUCUGAAUGAGGCAGAGUUCCACAAACCAGACUAUGGAGACACAAUCGCCACCUUCAUCACCAAAAUCAUCUCCAAGUUUCCAGCCUGGCUGAAGCUGGUGGUCACGGUCAGGACGGGCCUGGUGGAAAUCACCACCCUGCUUCCCUUCUCUGGCAUCUCUCUGGACAUCCUCCCCGACAGCAGUGAUCUGGGAGCUGACCUGAGUGACUACAUCCAUCACCGGGUCAGCAGCAGCUCCCAGGUCGCCGCUAACGUCACCACGCCCACGGGCACGGCUCCGGAUCAGCUGCUCCUCAGCAAGUUCAGCAGCCACCUGACCACACGCAGCCACGGCUCCAUCCUCUACCUGCAGCUCACCCUGGAUCUGUUCCACAAGGGGCACCUGUGUCUGAAAGGAGGGAACUACCUGGUGGUGCCAGUCUCCCUGUCAGAGGUGUACCUGCUGAUGUGUCGUGGGAGCUUCCCGGAUAAAGAGGUCUUCGAACGAGUGCUUCCAGUGCUAAAUGUGGCUCUGGCGUCUCUGCACCCACUGACUGAUGAGCAAAUGUUCAGGGCGCUGAAUGCAGGCAGCGUGAUGGGGGAGCUGGAGUGGAAGGACUUCCAGCAGAGAUUAGACAGCCUGGCUGGAUUCAUGGUGAAACGCAGGGACGGCACCCGGAUGCUGUGUCACCCAUCCUUCAGAGAGUGGCUGGUUUGGAGAGCAGACGGAGAGAGCAAUGACUUCCUCUGUGACCCAAGGAGCGGCCAUGCCCUCCUGGCCUUCAUGUUCUCCAGACAGGAGGGCAAACUGAACCGGCAGCAGACCAUGGAACUGGGACAUCACAUCCUCAAGGCUCACAUAUUCAAGGGUCUGAGUAAGAAGACAGGUGUGUCCUCCAGCGUUCUGCAGGCCAUGUGGGUGAACUGCAGCACAGACAGUCUGUCCGCUGCUCUGGCCUCCCUGAGGAAUUUAUACACGCCCAACAUCAAGGUGAGUCGUCUGUUGAUGCACGGUGGAGCUAGUGUGACCUGGUGUACCGAGGUGAUAGGACACGCCCCUAUUCUGGCCGUCCACGCCCACCUUGGGCACGUGGAGAUGAUCGCUUUGCUGCUUGAGAUGGGCGCACCUGUGGACGGGACCACUGACAGCGGCAUGACGCCUCUGUGUUUGGCUGCAGCAGCAGGACACGCCGAUAUCGUCACCCUGCUCUGCAAGAAAGGGGCCAAGGUGGGCCAUGCUGAUAAGAGUAGCCAGUGUGCUCUGGUCCACGCUGGGCUGAAGGGCCAUACAGACAUCAUCAGCAUCUUGCUGGGCCAGGAUUGGGGAACGGAGAUCCCCACCGACCCUCCGCAGCAGCACCAAGGCAACGAGUCAGUGACGGGGAGAGCACAGGCAGCCCAGCAGGCGGUCACAGCUGCAGCCAGUGUGGGACACACACAGGUGGUGAAGAGCCUGCUGGACUUGAAAGAUGAACAGCUGGCAGUGCAGAUGGACGCUCACGAUUCUCUCUGGGGAGAAACGGCUCUCAGCGCGGCAGCAGGGAGAGGGAGGAUGGAGAUGUGUUUGUUCCUCCUGGAGCGGGGGCCGGGGCUGGAUAUACCCAAUCGUAGGGGGAUGGUCCCGCUGCUCAGCGCCACCAAACACGGACACACGCAGGUGGCAGAGGUGCUCCUGAAGCACGGGGCAGAUAUCAACGUCAGCGACAAGCAGGGUCGCACUCCCUUGAUGCUGGCGGCUGCUGAGGGCCACACGAGCACCGCUGAGCUCCUGCAGUUAAAGGGAGCCUCUCUGUCCUCGACCGACAACGAGGGGCUGACUGCUCUGAGCUGGGCCUGCAUGAAGGGGCAGAAGGGGGCGGUGCAGCUUCUGGUGGAGCUGGGAGCAGACGUCAACCACCCGGACCGACAGGGACGGACACCGCUCGACAUCGCUGCCCUCAACGGGGACGCGGACUCUGUGCAUUGCCUGGUGGAACAUGGAGCCGUGUUAGAGCGAGCGGACAACAGUGGCCGAGGAUCAGACCGAGCCACCGGAUGCCAGAACCCGGCUCUGGUGGCCUCGCUUCUCAAGAAAGGAUCCAAGACAGGCUACAGGACGGCUCCACACGACAGAUCAGGGCAUGCUACAUGGGCGAUGGCGUCCUCCAAACCGGACAUCCUCCUCAUCCUGCUGCAGAAACUGAUGGAGGAAGGGAACUUACUUUAUAAGAAGGGACGUAUGAAGGAGGCAGGCCAGCGUUAUCAGUACGCCCUGAGGAAGCUCCCUCGCGAGGGGCAAGGAGAGGAGCUGAAAGGGCUCAAAGACCUGCGGGUGUCUCUCUUUCUCAACCUCUCCCGCUGCCGCAGGAAAACCAAUGACUUCGGCAUUGCUGAGGAGUUUGCAACAAAAGCCCUGGAACUCAAACCCCGGUCUUAUGAAGCGUUUUAUGCCCGAGCACGAGCCAAAAGGAGCAGCAGGCAGUUCGCUGCAGCGCUGGCAGACCUCCAUGAAGCAGCACGACUCAGCCCGUCCAACCGGGAGAUCCGGCGCCUGCUGAUCCGGGUAGAGGAAGAAUGCAAACAUCAUCAGAAGUUAGCCAGCAACAACGCUGUGCUGGGUUACAACAGGGACCCUCACACCCACCACCACCAGGCCACCGAGGACGAGACGGACGGUUUCUCACAGGGAAGUCUGGAGAGGCAGAUCCCCUCGGAGCAGACCGACACAGACAAGGAUGAAGAGAAGGAGGACGACGAAGAGGUGAGCCUGCAGUGUGGGAAGAGUCCAGAGUUCUGGCCCCUGAAUCCGUACGCUCCAAACAGGACUCUCCCUGGAGGUGUGGCCUUUGGUUUACAGGACCAGUCCCCGUGUUUCCCUCCAGAGGAGUUUGUUCAGAAUCCACUAUUUGUGGAGCUGCCUGAACCUGUUCCUGCGAUAAACAGGCAGAGCCAGAGCAGCAGGACUCAUCACCACUGCCACUCACUGCAGGCCGGAGGCAGAGUUGGGGGCAGACCUCUGUCUCUGUGCGGGCCCUCCAGUCCUCUGCCAGGCCGGCACAUCUCCACCUCCCUGAGGCCUGCUGGGGUGCUAGGAAUCGACAUCGGUCCUGGAUCCAUCAAUGAACACGCGGGACACAGCCCCACUGAGCACUACCACCCCAUGUCCCCCAGCAGCUCCUCCCCUCCCGGGCCACUCCACAUGUACCAGCCCCGCUCCUCCAGCUUCUCCAGGGGCUCCGAUAGAUUCUCAACCCACUCCGUGGCUCUGGACGGCCUUGCUCUCGCUCUCGGGUCGGGUAUGGAGGUCAGGAGGGAGGGUGGAGGAGGAGGAACAGCCGGCUCACGGGGCUCCAGCUCCAGUCAGGCCUCCAGUGGGAAUCUAUCAGACGGCGGCAGGCAGCAGAUUCCUGAAGCGCCGUGCCCCAUCAAGAGCAGCGGAAGCUUCAAGACGAAACCUGAACUGAAGCCACGACCGUUCAUGGGGGUCAUGGACAAAUCAGUGCGAGUCCAGGGCCAGCAGACCUCCGGCAUGAGCCGAGGAGGGGAGAGCUUCAGCAUGUCGGUGAUGGAGUUUCAAGGGUUCAACAAUGAGUUCAAACGCGCGUCGUUCCAGGAGCAGCUCUCUGGAAGUCACACCAACAGCCAGCAGCAGGGCCGGGACUUUGGAGAGCGGCUCCACCAGAGAGAGGCCAGAGGAACCACAUCCUCCCAGCUACGCUUCCCUGAAGGGAGGCACAGACAGGCCAGCCUCACCAGAGACAACCCGGCUCUGCACAUGGCGCCCAUCAAACCCAAACGCUCGUUUAUAGAGUCCAACGUCUGAGUCGAGUUCAUCAGAGCACACAAGCAGGUGCUCAAACUGUGUCCCACAUAAGGUAGCAGGGGAGCCUGGUCUGAGAGCAGCCCCCCUCCCCGCAGCCUGUUUUGUAGAUUAAAGCUGCUGCACUGCAUUUACAAUCUAGAACCGGUGUUCUACUCAGGCUACUCCGCUUCUGCUUACACGUCUGCCGCUACAAUAGUGUAUUCAAGGAAACCAGACAUACCUUAAGUAGGGAUUUAAAAAGUAAGUCGUUGUCUCAACUUUAAUUUAUUCUAUCAAACAUAGCAGUCAGACAAAGCUUCAUGCACGAAUAUAAAAACCUCAUGCUAUUAGUCGCAAGAUAAGACCAUUUCUAUCGUCAUGUGUCUUUUAAAAAACAUUUAUAUUUGUACGGUGUACACUAUAUUUGCAGAUUAUAUAUUUCCCUGUCGGUGGAUAUCUGUCAGCGUUACAGGCUGUGUACUUGAGAUUCUUUUUCUUGGUACAUUUGAUAAAAAAAGGCACUGUACAUGGCGUCGUUGGAAACUUCUCAUCAUAAGCUAAGACUGAAUUGAUUGCUUCAAUAUUAACAGUAUAUGUUAUUUAUUUUUGCAUAGCAGAGAACAUACAAAGUGUUUAUUGGUUUAUUUGGACAGAGAGAGAAAGAGAGAGAGAGAGAGAGAGAGAGAGAUAGAGAGAGAGAGAGAGAGAGAGAGAGACUUGAACGUGGCUGUACGUCCACAUCGCUCCUUCAGAGUCGGACGCUGGAUUACAGAAUGUGACCACGUUAUUACUGUGGUAGAAUAAAACAUAAAUGGAGGAACACGUUUCUCUACAUCUACUUCUUUUACAAUAUUAUACAACAUUUAAUAAUACAUAUGAAGUGUUGCCUUAGCUUCAGAGUGUGUUUGGAUUAAUCUGUCUUUUCCUUUCACAGUGCAGCCGAACUUUAACCAAUAAAAAUCUGACAUCAGAAUAAAAACAAUAAAACCUGCAAACAUGUGA